GUCACUCAAAUAACAGCCAUGUCGAGAUUAUGGGUCAGAUAGAAGACCAUCGGCUUUAAUCUGGUUGACUCGUGUGGAUGUGUUUCAGCGUUAUACAUUUGGAGAUCCGACACCGGGAAUAAACUCCAACACCUUUACUGACGCUGACGCGCACUGACGCUCCUGCUGCGGCUCCGCUGUGCGCCUUUUUGUCAUCACAGCAUGAUGUUUAUAAUUAGACGCUGAAACAACUGACGGCGCGUUUGUCGAGCCUUGGAAAAAUAAUUAAAAAAAAGAAAAAAAAAAGGCUGUCAAACAUAAGAGAGACCAUAGAUGUGAUUCCUUCCCACUACGGGCGGCAACAACACACACAUCCAUCCAAAUGAUGUCAGGAAAGCAUUUCAAGGCUCAUGAAGUGAGCUGCUGCAUCAAGUAUUUCAUCUUCGGCUUCAAUAUAAUAUUCUGGUUCCUUGGAGUGGCGUUCCUCGGCAUUGGGUUGUGGGCAUGGAGCGAAAAGGGCGUCCUCUCCAACAUCUCGUCCAUCACAGACCUGGGGGGUUUUGAUCCAGUCUGGCUCUUCUUGGUGGUGGGUGGUGUGAUGUUCAUCCUUGGAUUCGCUGGUUGCAUCGGAGCGCUGCGAGAAAACUCUUUCUUGCUCAAAUUUUUUUCCGUGUUCCUGGGGAUUAUCUUCUUCCUGGAGCUGACUGCAGGAGUCCUGGCCUUUGUCUUCAAAGACUGGAUCAAAGACCAGCUCAACUCUUUCAUCAACAACAACAUUCGAGCCUACAGAGACGACAUUGAUCUACAAAACCUGAUAGAUUUCACCCAAGAAUACUGGGAGUGUUGUGGAGCUUUUGGAGCUGACGACUGGAAUUUGAACAUCUACUUCAACUGCACUGACUCCAACCCGAGUCGUGAAAAAUGUGGAGUGCCCUUUUCCUGCUGCACUAAAGAUCCAGCGGAGGAUGUCAUCAACACACAGUGUGGCUACGACAUCAGGGCAAAACCGGACUCUGAGCAGCGGACCUUCAUUUAUAUCAAAGGAUGCGUCCCUCAGUUUGAAAAGUGGCUUCAAGACAACCUGACUGUGGUGGCAGGCAUCUUCAUUGGGAUUGCAUUAUUACAAAUUUUUGGCAUCUGUUUAGCACAGAAUCUCGUGAGCGACAUUGAAGCUGUGAGAGAGAGUUGUUUGUUUACCUAAGACCUCAACUCCAAUCUCCAAAGGCAGGACGGAUGUACCAAAACUCUGCAGUUUGGACGCCAGCGCCGAAGGGAAAUAGAUUAAUCAGCUAAUGUGUCCAGAACCAAGAGCCGGAUUCAUAUGUAAAUAAUAAAUUUAGAGUUAUUUUUAGAGUUAUUCUUGGCCCUACUUUUGACUGAAGCACGGCCUCUAAACUGUACUGUAGCUUUCAUACAGUAGCCGAUGAAUCAAAUGCAAUGCAAAUUCUUUACAGUAUAUAAGCAGCUACGAUGCUAUAGUCACAGUCAGAUUAGUUUAUAGGUCUGUAAACGAGGAGCUGAGGGAGGUCGUGACUUGUUAACAGAACACAGGACGACAGAUUUGAUGUUUUACCAGAGGUAGUGCUUCAUUCUGAAAGAAGGACCUUGGUUUUUUAUGUCUCACAGCUGCAGUUUUUAACACUGCAUGGAAGGAUUGUGUACAAAGAUAAAAAGUGAUUCUGGAAAUGCACUGCAUGCCUAUUGUCUACUGGUAGGACAUUGGCUCUCCUAAACGUAUUUCAUUUAUGUUAAGUAUUUUAAAAUAUUUGUAAAAUAGUCACUAGUUAGAAUGAAUCGGCUGGUUAGCACUUUGUUGAAUGUUUAAUGGAAUCUACUUAAAGCUACGGAUUUUAGAUUUAUUUCCAUCUGUGACAUCAUGCUCAUAUUAAACAGACACAUAAGGUCUGUAAGCAGAGUUUUGAGGGGCUGAUCUGGAUAUAGUAACGCGUAGUAUCAUGAAGGGAUAUGAUGGAUGUUGUAGGCUUUUUCGCAAAGAUGCAGUUUGUUCAGAGUUUUUCAGCAGUGACAUUUAAAAACAAUGUCCAGAUAUAUACAGAAAGGAACCUAGAAGAUGCAGCAUCUAAAUCAAAACUCAGCCUUAAGCACUUUAAUCUUCAUAUAAGAGUGAAGUUCAUUGCAGUUUCUGUCAUGACUGUUAUUUUAGUCAGCAGCAGCCACUGGAGGGGGCACUUUUCCUCAAAAAAAUCUGCAUCUGUAACUUCAUGAUGCUCCAUAAUGUCAGACAAUUUGUCCAAAAGCAGCUUGACAAAAAAUGAGUUAAAUUAUGAGCAAAUUAUGAGUGUUGUGCACAUCUUCCUUCUCUUACUGUCAGUGGUCAUUCUCUUUUUAAGUGGGGCCUAUGUGUUUCUUUGACGAAAUCUGCCUACCUGACGAGAUACCUUUUUUGUGUUUUUUUUGAUCUGUAAGUUUUCACUGGAAAAAUUAAGAUACAAGCUAUUUCCGAGGCUCAUGAUGAAUGGCAUGCCGGUGCUGCUUGACGUCACUUGACUGAACAUGGAAAGGAGUUAUAGCCUGCAUACAUACAUUACUUGAAAAGUAGAGCAUACAGGCUCUCUCACACCAGCAUUAUUUUAAAUGCAAACUUGGAAACUGAGACACAGCUUAUAUGUUUUUCUUUCUAGACAUUACUCACAGUAGAAGCAUAAAAUUUUCUGUAAUAACCUAGAACGAUAUAGCAUGAAAGUUAAAAACAGACAUUUUAUCUAAAGGAGGAGUUUGGACCUGCAGCAAGUUACACAGAGCUUUACCUUUGCAGUCGAAUCUUCUGCAGCCUUGAACUGAACUGGACAUCCUAAGCAAAAGAAAUUAAAAAAUGCACUUGUGCAUUUUGAGACCUUAUAAAUAUAAUACUAUAAUAUUCAUCAUUAAGAGGGUCAAAUAUCCUUUUUUCCACUAAAAGCUUCAUAUGAUUGUUGUUAACUGAUCACACUUUUUCUUACCACUCAGUGCCAUAUUCGUGAUUUCUACUUCUACAUACUCCUGAUUAUAAGAUUACUUUAGUUUCACGUGUACUCCUGAUUCUUGUAAAUAACUGGAUUGUGACAAGUUGUAAAUAUAUAUCUGAAAAAAAUAAAUGUGGUUCUUUGUAAA